AUGCUGCGAGAUGCAAUUGGCAAUUUGCUACCGAAAACAAAUGACUUGUCACCGUAUCCACAAGUUGAGCAUUCCAGUUGCUACGUGACAACGAAGUUACUGGUUGUACGGGCUGGAAUCUCCUCGCCGUUUGACAAUCUGUUUGCUGCACACACGCAAAGACGGUGGGACAGACAGAUGAGCACACGGACAGACGGACAGCAGGAAAGCGGAGAAGAGACAGAAUUGGUGUCUGUCUCGUCGGACUUGUCGGUUUUUCCAGUCCCGCCGAUGAACGUCGGCCGAGUUGAGGCUUCGAGCAGCACAAACAGACAGAAACGAAGCGACACACAGACAUAA